GCACAAGCCAAGGCCAGCGAGGUUCUGGAUGGUUUCCUUCUGAGCCGGGGAGGACUGAAAUCCACGCGAUGCAAUCGGACCGUUUUCUUUCUUGCCUCUCCACGUCAGGCGCGGGGAGACCGAUCUCUCCGCGCAAGGUGGGGCAGCUGAAGACUUUGGGGUUUGUUUGUUUAUUUAUUUAUUUAACCCGUUCCCUGCUGAAAAGCAUCUCCCUCCCUCCCUCCGUUAGUCGUGGGUGCCUCCCCGGUCCCGCUGCCUCCCGUGCUCUUCCUUUCCUUUUGGAAAGACAGCCAUCGGGGGCUUUCCCCGGCGUUGGCCGAGGGCCUUUUCUGCAAGCCUUCCUCCGCCCCCCGAGGGAGCUGCCUGCUGUAUAGACUGAGCCCCGGCGCUUCCUUUCCGCGGGAGAACCCUGCCGGUCGCCGGGAAGGCAGCCGCCGCCUGCCGCCGCCGCCUCCUCCUCCUCCUCGGAACCCCUUUCCUUGCUCCUCCUUGCCGUGCCCACCAUGGAUCUGUCCCGCCUUUGGCACCUGGCUGGCGUCUUCUGUCUGACCUGCCUUCUGAUCAAAGCCAUCCAGCUGCGUCGCCGGAGGCAGGAGCUCCUGAAAACGCUGAGCAGCUUCCCGGGGCCCCCGGCUCACUGGCUGUAUGGCCACAUCUUUCAGCUUUUACCCUUUUCUGGGGUGUUCAAGAAGACAGAGAUCUGGGCUCGUCAAUAUCCAUUUGCCUUCCCACUAUGGUAUGGGAGGUACUCUGCAUGUUUGAUAGUCACACACCCAGAAUAUGCAAAAACCUUGCUUGCUAGAACAGAUCCAAAGGACAGUAUAACCUAUCGGAAUAUUAUCCCAUGGAUUGGAAAAGGCUUGCUGGUCUCACAUGGACCAAAAUGGUCAAAGCACCGAAAGCUGCUGACUCCAGGUUUCCACUAUAAUAUUUUGAAACCAUACGUGGCACUGAUGGCAGAGUCUACAAAAGUGAUGUUGGAUAAAUGGGAACAGCUGAUCACACAGGAGAAAUCAGUGGAGCUCUUUGAACAUGUGAGCUUGAUGACACUUGACAACAUCAUGAAAUGUGCCUUCAGUUAUAACAGCAAUUGCCAAAUGGGCAGGGAAAAUUCCUACAUCCAAGCUGUCUUUGAACUUUGCUCCUUAGCAUUUUCCAGAAUGCAUUCCAUCCUGGGCCAGAGUGAUCUGACGUAUUGGUUCACUCCUGAGGCAUAUCGUUUUCGAAAGGCUUGCCAAGUGGCCCAUCUUCAUACAGAUAAGAUAAUUAAGGAGAGAAAGGAGUCACUGGGAGAUGAGGAGGAACUCCAGAAGAUCCAGCAGAAGAGGCACUUGGACUUUCUUGACAUCCUUCUCUGUGCCAAAGAUGAAAAUGGUGUCAGACUGUCAGACGAAGAUGUACGUGCUGAGGUAGACACUUUCAUGUUUGAAGGCCACGAUACCACAGCCAGUGGGAUCUCCUGGCUGUUCUAUUGCCUUGCACAGAACCCAGAACAUCAGCAGAAAUGUAGGGAGGAGAUAAGGUCCAUUCUGGGGGACCGUGACACGAUUCACUGGGAUGAUCUUAGCAAUAUGACCUAUUGCACAUUAUGCAUUAAAGAGAGUCUCCGCCUCUACCCUCCAGUUCCGGGAAUUUCUCGAGAACUUAGCAAACCUAUUACAUUUUUUGAUGGACGGACUUUACCUGAAGGUUCUUGGGUUGGGAUAAGCAUUCGUAACGUACAUAGGAGCCCCAGCAUAUGGAAUGAUCCAGAGGUGUUUGACCCUCAGAGGUUUUCUCCAGAGAAUAUAUCCAACAAAAACUCACAUGCAUUCCUGCCUUUCUCUGCUGGCCCAAGGAACUGCAUCGGGCAGCAGUUUGCCAUGAAUGAGAUGAAAGUGGCCCUUGCCUUGACCUUAUUUCGAUUUGAACUUUUGCCUGAUUCUUCAAAGCCCCCACCCAUUCCCAUCCCACAGAUUGUCAUGCGUUCUGAGAAUGGGAUAUACCUUUGUUUGAAGAAACUGAUGUGAAUCAAACUGUCUGAUGGAAAAAGGAAGAACUUCAUAUACUGUGUGAUGUGAUUGGUUUGGUGCCUCAAUAAAAUGAUCUGAGAACAAA